GAUAGUUACUCUUAAAGGUGACAUAAGAUUCCUCGUUAAAAGCCUUCUAGUUCAAAAAAAAUAAAACUUUUAUAACAUGGUCCCUAUAGAGACCAAAGGGCAAGAAAGGGUUAAUUUCUUACUGACUCUUAUACAAUUCUAAUUCAAAUCUCAUUGGAUUCUUAAGGAAUUUCUCCAAGAAUUCUUCCCAUCUCGUUGCCUCCUCGCAUAAAAUAUCAUGGUAUACUUAAACUAUAGACAUAUGUUGCUUACUAAGACGUUCCAGAAGCAUAGUAUAUGACUUGAGUUGAAACACAAGCUGUUUGGGUGGGAUGAUUAACAUGUUUCGUCACCGUAUGCAACUGCAUUUCUACUCGUAACAAAAGUUGAAAAAGAUUGUAGCAGAAUAUAAGGAUCGGACUUUUUAAAAUUGCUUUUGCUUAUUAUUGUUAAAAACUAAUGAGGACUUCAGUGAAGAAAAAACCCUUUUUAUAUAAGAAUUUCAUAGGAAAUUAAUAACGACGCUUACCACUUUCUUAUAAAAUUUCUAUAAGAGUCUUACUCGAUUCUUAUCUGAUGUUUAUGAAAUUCCUUCCACUUUCGUGCCACUUCUGACAAGAAUCAGAUAAGAUUCUUGACAAAGUCAGAUAAGAAGCUGAAAUAAUUCUUAUCAGAUCUCUAUCAGAUUCUUAUAUAAGAUUCAAUGGCUAGGGCACGUACCAAAAAUAUUAUCUACUUUUUCUUUUUAGCUCUAUGUAUGCAUUUCCUCGAAUCGACAUACCACAAAAAGCACAAGAAAUAGCUAAGCAUCAAAAUAUGGCACCAGAUACAUUUUAUUGUUUAGCUUUAUUGGAAAAAACUGGUAUCUCUGUCGUACCUGGUAGUGGAUUUCACCAACGUCCUGGUACUUAUCACUUUCGUGCCACGAUUUUGCCACCAGUGGAACAAAUGAAACAACUUGUUGAUAAAUUUAGAACAUUUCACCUGUCUUUUUUAAAAGAAUGGGAAUAA